ACUCUUUCGUGUUGUGAAAAAACAACGUGUGUGCGCUUAAUAAUCGUGGAAACCUCACUACGCCGGGCAUUUUUUAAAUGCCGUACAAAUAAUUGUGCUCCAAGACUUUCUGUAUUAACAAUCAAGUAAUCGAGUGAAUUAAAUUUUAAAAACUGUAAUUGAAAAUAUUUCUCGAGAAUAUUUUCAAACAGUGGUAGAUCGCAGAAACUGCGAACAUUUUAACAAACUUUAACUUUGCCCCUUUGAAUGGUGCUGCUGCAAGUGCGUGAGAAACCAUUGAAAAUUAGUCAGCACGUGACUAAACUCUGGUAUCAACUGUUUGAUCAAAGCAACCUCCAGUCGUCUGAAGUUUCAUAUUUAUUCAAUAACCUCAGUCUGAGUAUCGUCGAUAUGGCCUUACCACAAGGAGCCUUCGCGGCCUGCAAGCUACGUGAGCAGUUCCAUGAGCGUGAUAUGAUCUUGUCACGCCUACGAGCUGCCAAUAAUGCUGAUAAAGCUGAUAAUAAUGCCCAGCGAGAAUAUUCGCCGGUCAAGUAUAAUGAUAAGCUAAUGAAUUCCAUUUGGGGUUUGUACAAUCGUUACUCCCCCCACAAUGUGAAGAAGAACGAGUUCGUCCCUCCAAAAUGCUAAACAAAAAUCAGGCGCAGCAGCUCUGCUUUUGAGCUGUUGCGCCUCCAUUGCCUUGCCACAAUCAACCUGUGGCAUUGGCUGCUGCAACAACAUGUUGCACAUAUAUAAUCUCAAUAUAUAUAUAUAUAUAUAUAUAUACUAUAAAUACAAUAUAUACUCACGUAGCUGAUCUUGGGGACUAUUAAAAAUUCGAAAAUAAAACUGCAGAGCAUAAGGUUAAAUCAUUCGCAUCUAUGUAAAAUUCAAUAAAUACUCUUGAUAUGUUAUAAAU